CUCCACCACAGGCUCCAACGAGUCUUCUGCUCCACAAUCUCACUCUAUCUCUCUCUACAUUUGUACUCCAUGGAAGCUAGUGAAUCUCAUCUCUCUUCUUCUUCGUCUUCUCCUUCAUGGCGUCGAUCAAGAUUCCGCGAUUUCUGCCUCCUCGUCUCCGGCCAGAUCAUUCUUCCUCCGAUCUCCGGAGGAGGCGGUGCUUGUGUCGUUCGUCUCCGGAGACCAACGAGGGUUCCACGGCAGUUGUAUGGUUCAAGCAUGAUCUCCGAGUCGACGAUCACCCUGGCCUCCUCGCCGCGUCUAAGUGCCAAGCCAUUGUUCCUCUCUAUGUCUUCGAUCGUCGCAUUCUCUCCCAUCGUUGCUCGUCUAUAGGAUACACGAAUGAGUCGCUUGAACUUGCUGUUAUUGCCUUGGAAGAGUUAAGGAGAUCUUUGAAAGAGCAAGGAUCAAAUCUUAUGAUCAGAUACGGGAAGGCUGAAAAUGUAAUUGAAGAGCUUGUCAAAGAGGUUCAAGCUACAGUCGUAUUUACAGAAGAAGAGGCUGAAUAUCAUCUGCAUAAGACUUUGGACAUUGUCAAGAAGAGAUUGGAGGGAACUCAUUUUCCGGGAGAGAACCCAAGGAUUGUGGUGUGGCAGACUCCUUUUUAUGAGACUCAAAAUUUGAUGGAGCUGCCUCAAUCAUGGGAAGAACUUAAGAAAAUAAAGCUGCCCCUCAGUUUGCCUGUUCCUGCAACGAUCCUACCAUCUUCAGGAAGUGAAUUGCAAUGGGGUCCUGCACCAAUACUCCGUGAUCUGAAGGACUAUAUGAAAGCAAAUCCAUGCAAAAAAGAAAAUAGAUUGAUGGAGAUGAUGCAAGCAUCUGCUGACAGAGAAUUACAGGAGAGGUUUGGUGAAUUAGAGGAAAGCAGCAUGGGCCCAAGUGUUGACAGAACUUUGGCGAAGAGGGCUUACAAAUCUGCUUUCUUCACACGAAAAAAAGAUACUGUUGGAAGUGGGACUAAUGAUGUUCUAAAUGCAUUAGCAGCAUACUUGAGGUAUUUGGAGGGAACAGCUCGAGACGAUUGGCAAGAGGUUCAUGCAAGGCUGCGAGAUUAUGAGACUAGGCCUGGAGCUUCAUUCUUUAAGCUCUUCGGACCCGUCCUUUGUUUUGGAAUUAUAUCCAGGAGAAGAGUUCACUAUGAAGCAAUUCAAUAUGAGAAGGAAUGGAAUGGUGGAUUUCUUUCUCCGUUUGGAUAUUCAGCCACCACGGUAUUUGCUGCCACAGAUACUGUGCGCUCGAUGGAGUGGUAUUCAUUAAUGGCUCUGAAAAGUCAGACGAACGGAGAAACAAGGCACUCUAUAAGGAUUUGGAGAUGGAAGGGGUAUCUUAUUCAGUACACAGUUCUCGGGGACGAAGGUCCUGCUGUUCUUCUUGUGCAUGGUUUUGGUGCUUUUCUGGAGCAUUACCGUGACAACAUAGACAGCAUUGCCAACAGCGGGAACCGGGUGUGGGCCAUCACACUCUUGGGUUUUGGAAAAUCAGAGAAGCCGAAUAUCAUAUACACCGAGCAUUUGUGGGCUGAACUGCUGAGAGAUUUUCUGAUUGAAGUUGUUGGUGAACCGGCACAUUGUGUGGGAAACUCCAUAGGUGGGUAUUUUGUUGCACUAACGGCCUUUCUUUGGCCUACCUUGGUCAAGUCCGUUGUCCUUAUUAACAGUGCUGGUGAAGUGAUCCCGGGAUACUCUCCUCUGCCACCUUCAAGAUUUCAGGAAAGGCGGCUUCCGGGAGGUGCAUGGCUUGGAGCUCGGCUUCUUCUCUUCUACCUAAAAUCAAAUGCCAGAAAGCUACUAAGGAAUUGCUAUCCAGUUAAACCCGAGCGAGCCGAUGAUUUUCUUGCCAGUGAAAUGCUGAGAGCAUCACAAGAUCCUGGUGUGCUUCUGGUCCUGGAAAGCAUAUUCGGUCUUGAUCUUUCGAUUCCAUUGAAUUAUCUCCUGAAAGGGUUCGAGGAAACGGCUCUCGUGAUACAGGGAAUGAAAGAUCCCAUCUCUGAUUCCAAGAAGAAAAUGGCUUUACUGAAGGAGCAUUGUCCAGGGAUUCUGAUUAAGAAGCUUAAUGCAGGCCACUGUCCUCAUGAUGAGAUCCCGGAGGAAGUAAAUCCGAUCAUUUGCGAGUGGGUACUGAAAGUUGACCACAAACAAAGCAUUGAGAGUCUGUCUCAUCCCUAAUUAAUUUAACCGCAAGUACGAUUUACAUUCAUUUAUACGUCUAUUGUAACGAUUACAUUCAUUUAUACGUAUACUAUACAGAUUGAAAAAUGGAAUAUAGAUAUAUAAAAAUCA